UGGAGCGCGAACCACAACUUAAAAAAUACCAGAGUCAGAUAGAUCUCUAACGCACGAUGCACGCUUACGAAGGUUCGCAGUCGUCUUUCAUCAACUCCAUGUACCGGCCAAGCUCAGCUCUUCAGCCUUCUAACCAACAAUCAUACGCGAGCUAUAAAUCCCAAACAGAAUACCCGAUGGCUGUACGAUUUGAUUCUCACCCACUUCACAGCCUCUCCGCGUACAACUCGGGCUCAUUUUCGUUCUAUCCGUGCGCGUCAAGUCAUCGCUACGUCCACGACUUGAACUGUAGCUACACGGCCGGAUCUCUGCAUAGCGGAUUUGUGGCGUGUCGCCGUCCGAAGAGGAUCAGAACAGCUUUUACACCAACGCAACUGCUUCACCUAGAGAACGCUUUCGAAAAGAACCACUACAUUGUGGGCACAGAACGCAAGCAGUUAGCGUCUUUCUUGAGUCUUUCCGAGACGCAAAUUAAGGUCUGGUUCCAGAAUCGCAGGACCAAAUGGAAGCGUCAACAGGCUGAGGAAAAAGCUUCUUCACAAGCUAAAAGCUCCGGCAUAAGUGUCAGCGAAUGCCAUGGAAUAAACAGUCAGCUGCAGAAGGAAGAAAACGAACAUUUGGUUUGAUCUUCUGGAAAUUACAAUUCUCACGAACAAGUAGAAAUCACGGGUAAUUAUCAUCGGCCUUUGGCGCAAAACGUUCGAUUCCAAAGCCUAGCACCUAGAAUUAAUCGAACGUGAUCUCUUCUUACUGGAUUAAUCCAUUAUCCUACCUGGCGCCAAAGAAUAAUUCCGAUCAGAACUCUUAUUUCACUUGUAAGAUAUUAAACUUGACUUAAGAAAUAAAAAGAAUUUCUCUUUCAUUGAAGACACACACACGAAGAAAUGCGGUUCUACUGAUACCAAAAUUUUUUCUUCUUUUCUCAAGGAUAAGUGCUUACUUACUAAGAACCUCUGUGAAUUCGUUUUAUGCUAGGAUCUUAUUAGUAUCUUUUUAGUCGACUUCAAAUCCAUCUUUGUAUUUUUAUUCUUCGUAGAGAUAAUUCGCAAUGAUGAGAACUUUCUUCGUUCAGUUUCUUCCCUUUAAUUUCUGUUAAUUCCUGUUAGUUUGGAGGACCUUUCUUGUUAUAAAAUUAUAAUAACAUUUACCUCAGCUUUUCUCAGAGGAUGAGGUUACACGCC